CUUGUGAGCUGCGGGCGCGACAACCACACAAGUGGAGCGCAUGCGAGGAUGAGCCCCGGCGCCGCGCCCAAGAUGCGGCUCGGCGGCGGCGGCGGCGGUAGCGGUUUCACGCUCGGGUGCGGCUGCAGGGACGCCAAGGCCGUGGCCGUGGCGGCGUCCGCCUCGUCGCCGUGCUCCGCUGCCACGGAGUCGUCCACGGCCACCACGGCGACCUGGCGCAGGGCGCGGACGCACCCGUCGGCGUCGACUGGCACGCUGACCGUGCCGUCCGCCUCGUCGUCCUUUCUGUGGGACGAUGUUGAGGCUGAGGCCGACGGCGAAGAGGUCGACUGUAAGGGGGUGAGCUCGGCAACCACGUCGAGCUUCUCCGGCCUUCUGCGGCAGCUCAACGAGCUCGAGCAGAGUGUCAUGACGUGGGGAUGGAAGAGCCCUCGCCGUGGUAAUAACUUCCCACCGCCGCCGCCACCACCACCUCCUCCUCCUCCUCCGCCCCCGUCGUUACCUUUACGGCCAGUGCAGCACCGAGUUGUGGGCGGCGGCGGGAAGCGCAGCAGCAAAGAAGGCAAUGACAGGUUCUCUUCGUCACCGCCGUUCUCCCAUUGCCCGACGACCCAGCAGCAUCGGACGGUGAAGGGCGUUGACCAACGAAACAGAGAAGAUGGAGAAGCCCACAUGGCGCCACCGGCACCUCCGCCGCCGCCGCAGCCACCCCGGAACGUGAAGAGCGUGGAAAAAGAAGACGGCAAGCACUUGCCGCCACCGCAGGCGCCGAAGCACCGGAAAGCGAAGAGCUUUGACAAUGGUGGCUUCAGCGCCGGAAAGCUCGACGGGAGCUUGGCGGUGGUGAAGCAGUCCGAGGACCCACUCGGCGACUUCCGUCGGUCUAUGCUGAACAUGAUCGUGGAGAACCGCAUCGUGACCGGCGACGAGCUCCGCGAGCUGCUCCGCCGCUUCCUCGAGCUGAACGCGCCCCACCACCACGACGCCAUCCUCCGGGCCUUCGCCGAGAUCUGGGACGAGGUGUUCGCCGCCCCGGCCGAGCCCCGCCUCGACCCCCCGAGGCCGCCGCACCGGCAGAGAACGCCACCUCGCCGCCGGCACCCUCCACCGGCUUGGCGCAUGUAGUAACGCCACACAUGGUUACUUUACCGCGUAGUAUAUACAAUGUAGAUUACUGCUGUACUAGAUUGCUUCCAAGAAAUUCUCGGCCUCAUCUGAUCACGUAUCAUCUACCGGAAUUGCUUCGGUUACCAGAUUCACCUCUCGUGCAUUCAGUACAGCACUGUCCUUGGUACGUCCA